CCCUUUUGCAACAACUCAAUCACAAAGCAACUUCUCUUUUCUUCACAGGCUCAAAUCAGAUAUUGAGAGAGCACAACUUCAAAAAGAAAAAACACUUAAACAUGUCUACUACACAUUUUUCCCUUGUUACCAUUUUCCUCCUCCUUUCACUAAAUUGUCUUGGCACAAGCAUGGGUGGAAGGGUCAUUCCCCUAAGUGCUCCAAGCACAGUGAUAGGGCCACUAGUUUCAUCAGAAGUUGAAAACUACGUGAAGCCACAGAUUGAUCAAAAGCAGAAAGCGUUCCAAGGAAGAGAAGUGAAGGGUUGCUUGCCAAAAGGUUCUAGGCAUAACUCCGCUCCAAGCAGAUUUGUCAACUACAAGACACAAGGUUCUGGUGGCUGUUCUAGAAUGUAUCCAGGGAAACCUUGAUGAAGCCCUUUAAUUUGUUCAACAUGGAACCAUAUUAAGCCUUGAGUUCCAUUUUUGUAUAUGACUUUUCACUUUUCAAGGUCAAGAGUGGUUGAAAGAUGAGAAAAAGAAAACCACUUACUUUGCUUAUUAUGAUGGAUAUAUUUGCUGCUUGCAAUUUUGAACCAUGUGCAUGGGAAUUAAGGUGAA